AUGGGCUGCUGCGGCUGCGGAUUGCUGGGGCGGGCGUGGAAGGGGUUCAUCCGCCUUCGCAAAUCUCCGCUGACAUCGCUCUUCGUCGUGAGCGUGGCUAUCUUUACCGACAUGCUGGUCUACGGCAUGGUGGUGCCCAUCUUCGUGCCCGAGAUCCUCAACGUCACCACCGUCGAGGCACGUACACCACACUGCCUCCCACGCCAGGUCAUGUCACCCUAUGCUUCUAACAACGUGGGGGGGGGCUACUACUUCAAGGUGGGAGUGCUGUUCGCCAUGUACGCGGCGGGCCUGUUGAUAGCGACUCCCAUCUUCGGUAUCCUCACAGACAGGUUCGGGCGCAAGUGGCCCAUGCUGGUGGGUCUCGUGGGGCUGGGCGCAGCCACCUCCAUCCUGGCCUUUAUCAAGUGCUUCCAGGGCAUCUCAGCGGCCGCUACUUGGGUAACGGGCCUGGCGCUGGUGGCCGACAUGUUCCCAGCGGAGCAGCUGGGGUGGGCCAUGGGCAUCGUGAUGAGCGUGUGCCAGGUCGGCAUCCUGAUUGGGCCUACGGGAUUCGUGUACGAGCUGGCCGGGUACCAGAUGCCGUUCCUCAUCGCCGCGGGCGUGGCCGUGUUGGACGGCGUGCUCCGCAUUCUGCUGGUGUCGGACGACAAGCCCACCUGGAAGGCCCAGAAGCGGAAGGAGGAGCGCCAAAAGCGCCGGGCUGGCGAGAAGGCCACUGCGGCCGCCCCCGCAGCGACCCUCAACCCGGGCGACUGCGAGGCCAUGGCCGACGACGACAUCGAAUCGGGCGACAGCGCUGGGUCGCCCAGGCCGCAGCCGGCCGAAGCCGACCCCCCGACCACGUCGCCCGGCGUAAAGACGCCCCUUCUGGCGGGCAAGAAGGAGAGCAGCACGACACACGGUAGCGGUGGUAGUGGUCGUGGUGAUGACCAGCCAGAAGCGGCUGCGCUCACCGCCGCAGAGGCUGUGGUGCCGCAGCCGCUGUCGUUCUGGGACCUGGUGCAGAACAAGUCGAUCCUGAUCACGUCGGUGGUGGUGCUGCUGGCCUCGAAUGCGCUCACGGUGCUGGAACCCACGCUGCCGACCCACCUGGAGAAGGUGUUCGACUCGACGCCCAUGCUCACGGGCCUGGUCUUCAUGUGCGAGAGCCUGGUCGACAUCGUGGCCUCCCCGCUUGUCGGGUGGUACUCGGAUCGCGUGGGCAACAAGCCCCUCAUGAUCGCCGGCAUGCUCCUGGCCGGGCUGGUCAUGGUACUUCACCUCCUCCUCGUCUUCAUCUUCUUCUUGGGGUCUGUCGCACUGACGACGCAUCAUCGCAAGCCCAUCGUGGCGCUGCCCACAGAGUGGUGGCAGCAGUACUUGGCGGUGUCGGCCAUGGCAGUGUGUAACGCCCUCAUGCUGACCCCGACCCUGCCCGAGCUCGCAGCUCAAGUCGAUGCCAUGGGCGGAGGCGCCUACGGCCAGGUCUACGCCAUCUACAACUUCUUCUACUCGCUUGGCAUGCUGGGCGGGCCGCUGGUGGGGUCGAUCUUGACGGACCACAUCGGCCUGUUCCUGACCAUGGUAAUCUUCGGCGGUGUGGUGGCCCUCUUCUCUCCCGUGCUCGUUGGUGCCCACCUCUUUGGCUUGGACAGCUACGAAGCUGCAAAGAGGGAGGCGUCCCAGUCCGCCCAGCCGGCCGCUCGGGACCCCUCGCCCUCAUCUGACGACGCGGGCUUCUCGCCCAUCGCUGACUACGGGGGCGAUCAAGCCUGCGUAGUAGCCGAGAGCGAAGACUUCGUUCAGCCCGCCCCAGUCUCUUCUCCGCAGCAGGAGAGCGAGCCUCUGCUCACUUGA